AAAACAUGGCGGCGCCCUGCGUGACAGUCCUGAGGCGUGCGUUAUUUGGAUCAGGCCUGUCACAGAGAGCAGUGCGGUUGCCAGGAUGCCAGCGAUGCCCGCGUAGUGGUCAUUGUCAACAACGCCGCCACUUCUUCUGGAGAAAAGGGACGAGUUCACACAGUGUGGUUCGGCCCGCCGUGGUGCGGCCGCCUUACCCAGUACCCAAGCACAUCCAGAAGCCUGGCUACGUCUCCUCCAGCUCUGUGCCCGAGUGGCCUGACUAUAUUGAGAUUAAAGAUGAGGAGCAGAUUGAGGGUUUGAGGAGAGCAUGUCAGCUUGCUAGACACAUCCUCCUCCUCGCCGGAAGCAGCCUCAAGGUUGGUAUGACAACAGACGAAAUCGACUUCGUCGUGCACCAGGAGACGAUCAGACACAAUGCUUAUCCCUCUCCACUGCACUACGGUGGAUUUCCCAAGUCUGUGUGUACGUCUGUAAACAACGUGGUGUGUCACGGCAUUCCAGACAGUCGGCCACUUCAAGAUGGAGAUAUCAUUAACAUAGACGUUACUGUUUACCUGGAAGGUUACCAUGGAGACACCUCCGAGACGUUUCUGAUUGGUUCGGUGGACGAGCAAGGUAGGAAGUUAGUGGAUGUGGCACGACAGUGUAGAGACGAGGCCAUCGCUGCAUGUGGACCAGAACGCCCAUUGUGCGUCAUUGGGAACACCAUCAGUGAAAUCGCCCAUUCGAAUGGUUUCUGUGUGUGUCCGUACUUCAUCGGCCAUGGGAUCGGGUCUUACUUCCAUGGCCACCCCGAGAUCUGGCAUCACGCCAACGAUAAUGAUUUGCUGAUGGAAGAGGGCAUGGCAUUCACAAUAGAGCCCAUUCUGAUGGAGGGAACCUCUGAAUUUAGGAUCCUCAGUGACAAGUGGACGGCCGUCUCGAUAGAUGACAAAAGAUCAGCCCAGUUUGAGCACACAGUCAUCAUCACCUCUGAUGGUGUGGAGAUUCUGACCAAAUUGCCAGAUGAGGAAUGAUUGUGGUCAAGAAGCGUGUGCGUGUUGUUUGAGUGAAGAUAUUGUAUGACGUGUGUAGUGCAGUAAAAAUAUUUUGUAGUGUUUGAAAACGUGUUCACAGGCAAAAAGGCUUUUGCGAAUUCUCACUGUUCACAGGCUAUUCCUGAUUAAAGAAAGAACAACAGUUUUUGUGCUGUGAUGUUUGCUAUGUUAGCCAAAAGUGUGCCUUAUUUUGUUUUUGGUACCAGUUUGACAUUGAGGGAUUUUACAGUGCUGUGAAAAGUAUUUGCCCCAUCCUGAUUUCUUCUGGGGGGUUUUUUGUGUAUAUCUCAUACUACAUAGUUUUACAUCUUCAAAUGAAACGCAACAUAAAACAAUGGCAACUCGAGUAAACACACAGUACCGUUUUUAUUUCUUUUUAUUGAAGCAAAAAAUGUUAUCAAACACCUAUCACCUGUGUGAAAAACUAGUUGCCCCCUUAAGCUUAAAAUCUGGUUCCUGUAGUUCCUUUGAUGUUGUCCUUAGCUCUUUUGUGACUUCUCGGAUGAGUCGUUGCUGUGCUCUUAGAGGAAUAUUAGAAGGUUGGCCACUUCUGGGAAGGUUCACUACUGUGCCGAGUUUUUCCAUUUGGAGAUAAUGGCUCUCGCUGUGGUUCUUUGGAGUCCCAGAGCCUUUGAAAUAGCUCUGUAACUCUUCCCAGACUGAUAUAUUUCAAUCACCUUCUUCCUCAUCAUUUCUGGAAUUUCUUUCAAUUUUGGCAUAGUGUAUUACUGGAUAAGACCUUUUAACCAAAUUCAUGCUGUUGAAAAAGUUCUAUUUAAGUGUUGAUUUGACGGAACAGGGUUUGCAAAUCAGGCCUGGUUGUGUCUAAUCCAGCUGAACUCCAUUAUGAAUGCAGUUUCAUAGAUUUGCGGAAUUAGUAACUACGGGGGACAAAUACAUUUUCACACAGGCCCAGUUGGUAUUGGAUAACUUUUUUUUUUUUUUUUUUACUUCAGUAAAUAACAUUAA